AUGUUUGUUGAAUAUGAUCCCACAAUACUGCUUUCCAAUAUCCUUAAUAGCAAACCAAUCCAGCUUUUAAAAAUAUUUUUUCAAUUACUAUGGAAAAUAUAUAAAGAGGCAUUACAUAAAAAAAGAAAUGUGUUCACGUUAUCAAUUAAUUUUAUUAUCAACUUUUCGCCAGUCUUUAUUUGGCUAUGUAUUUUUAAAAAUGCAAAAUAUAUACCUAAUAAGAUAAGACCCGCAAUACAUGGUAAAGUUGCAUUUUAUAGUGAUUUAUUUUUAUUUGGCGACUACUGGCAAGAAUUCGAAACACAGCUCAACACCAGCUAUUUUACCAUACUGAGCUACUAUUCUUCCACAGUGUUUUUUGUUGUUGUCUUAACAUUAUUCCCCAUUAUAAUAUGGUGGUAUAUGUACUACUAUCGCAUGCGUUAUAUUAAUCAAAAAAAUGUCUCAACUGCUUCACCACUACAUCACAUUCUAAACUGGCACACCCCUUUUGAUAAAAAAACACCAAAAUCUACACUAUUACCCUUCCUCAUUUUGCCAAUUUCGUUCGUCCUUUUGAAUAUAGAUCAUUACUUUGCAGAUCAAAGGCAAAAUUUCACAGUAUUCAAAGAUUAUUUGGGCUGGGUGUUUUAUGUCGUCAUACAUUUGGUAGCCCCUAUCUUAACUGCUGUUUAUUUGUAUAUUUUCCAAGCGCCAGGCACUGUUAAAUGUUUUUCCAUUGCUUUGGGUCUGCAAAAUUGUUGCAGUGUUUUGACCCAUUUGUUGAUCCCCAUGGCACCACCAUGGUUCACACAUCUUUAUGGCAUUAAUGAUGUGACCCAUUUAAAUUACGAAACUAAGGGAUAUGCUGCAGGAUUAGUUAGAGUUGAUUCACAUUUAGGAACACAUCUUACCAGUAACGGUUUCCAUAAAUCGCCCAUUGUAUUUGGUGCUGUUCCCUCUGUUCAUGGUGCUAUGGCUUUCCAAUGCUUUUUGUUCGUUAUGACACAGUCCAGACAGGGCUGGGGUGUCACUGCCUGGAAUCCACUUAGAAAUAUCAGUAGCAGUAGGCUGUUGCUGCUGAAUAGUAAAAAGGAUGAUGAUUGCGAGAUCAACACUUUUGAAUUGAACAAUAGCGAUGGCAGUGACAGCAUUGAUCUGUACAAUACCGAGGAAGAUGAGUAUGAACGGAGCGUUUAUUCGGAACAGUCAUUAUCUUCUGCAUUAGAAAAUGACGGUGUUAGUAAUGCAUCUUGUGAUCUAAUUUCAAAAUAUGAUAUGACACCGUUGCCGGAUCUAACGAACUCUAAUAAAUUUACCAAGUUCAUAUAUUGGUUGAUUAAAAAUAGUGUCAUUAGCAGAUUUUUGGUCAGUGUAUUUUUAGUAUUGCAGUGGUGGGCCACCAUGUAUGUGGACCAUCAUUAUAGAUUUGAUUUAUUUAUUGGAGAAUUAUACGCUUUGGUAAGCUUCUACCUGGUUAAUAGAUUUAUUUUACAAAAAAAAGUUAUCCCAAAUUUCUUGAGGAAAAGGGAGAAUAAAGGAGUUUAUGAUGAGGAUGAAGAUGAUGGUGAGGAUAAAACUAUGGGAAUGAGAGUUUUUGGUGAUACUAAAAUCGGUUGGGUGUUUGAUCCUUUAUACGGUUAA